UCCCGAGGGAUCGGAAGCCGGCUGGCGUGUGAGAGGUUUUCUCGCUCUAGGGAGAUUCUUCAAGCAAUCACUAUGUCAACAGACACAGGUGUUUCCCUUCCUUCAUAUGAGGAAGAUCAGGGAUCAAAACUUAUUCGAAAAGCUAAAGAGGCACCAUUCGUACCCGUUGGAAUAGCGGGUUUUGCAGCAAUUGUUGCAUAUGGAUUAUACAAACUGAAGAGCAGGGGAAAUACUAAAAUGUCCAUUCAUCUGAUCCACAUGCGUGUGGCAGCCCAAGGCUUUGUUGUAGGAGCAAUGACUGUUGGUAUGGGCUAUUCCAUGUAUCAGGAAUUCUGGGCAAAACCUAAGCCUUAGAAGAAGAGAUGCUGUCUUGGUCUUGUUGGAGGAGCUUGCUUUAGUUAGAUGUCUUAUUAAAGUUACCUAUUAUUGUUGGAAAUAAACUAAUUUGUAUGGGUUUAGAUGGUAACACGGCAUUUUGAAUAUUGGCUUCCUUUCUUGCAGGCUUGAUUUGCUUGGUGACCGAAUUACUAGUGACUAGUUUACUAACUAGGUCAUUCAAGGAAGUCAAGUUAACUUAAACAUGUCACCUAAAUGCACUUGAUGGUGUUGAAAUGUCCACCUUCUUAAAUUUUUAAGAUGAACUUAGUUCUAAAGAAGAUAACAGGCCAAUCCUGAAGGUACUCCCAGUUUGCUGCAGAAUCUCACAUAUUUUGGAUGUUGCAUAAGAGUCCUAUUUGCCCCAGUUAAUUCAACUUUUGUCUGCCUGUUUUGUGGACUGGCUGGCUCUGUUAGAACUCUGUCCAAAAAGUGCAUGGAAUAUAACUUGUAAAGCUUCCCACAACUGACAAUAUAUAUGCAUGUGUUUAAACCAAAUCCAGAAAGCUUAAACAAUAGAGCUGCAUAAUAGUAUUUAUUAAAGAAUCACAACUAUAAACAUGAGAAUAACUUAAGGAUUCUAGUUUAGUUUUUUGUAAUUGCAAAUUAUAUUUUUGCUGCUGAUAUAUUAGAAUAAUUUUUAAAUGUCAUCUUGAAAUAGAAAUAUGUAUUUUAAGCACUCACGCAAAGGUAAAUGAACACGUUUUAAAUGUGUGUUGCUAAUUUUUUCCAUAAGAAUUGUAAACAUUGAACUGAACAAAUUACCUAUAAUGGAUUUGAUUAAUGACUUAUGAGCAAGCUGGUUUGGCCAGACAGUAUACCCAAACUUUUAUAUAAUAUACAGAAGGCUAUCACACUUGUGAAAUUCUCUUGUCUAAUCUGAAUUUGCAUUCCAUGGUGAUAACAUGGUAUAUGUAUUGUUAUUAAAGUAAGUGACCCAUGUCAAAAAAAAAAAAAAAAAAGAA